AUUAUCAGCCGUGCCCGUUGCUGUGCAUGUAUGCGUGCGUGCGUGCUGCGUUCUGUUGCUUCAUCUUCAGCCGCGAGUUUGUUUCCGAUCGAUUUACCAGAUACAAAGACACAAACCCAAACAAUACCACAAAUAUGCCCGUGCGCUGUACAACAAACUACUUUGGAUGUGGCGAUGUCUAAACCAAAAGCUUUUUCAGAUGUUGGCCUUGAAAAGUAAAAGCUUUUCAAUAGACGUGUCAGCCUCGAGUGGACUCACUGCACAUGCUUACCAUGGCGCCUUUGCUGUGUCUCAUCUUCUCUGUGCUCGGCCUGGCUGUUGUGGGAGGGGUGAAGAACUGCCAUCCCAAAUGUCGAUGUGAAGUGGAGAGCUACGGUCUCUUCGACAGUUUCAGUCUGACCAAGGUGGACUGCAGUGGGAUCGGCCCCGCAGCCGCUCCGGUCCCCAUCCCUCUGGACACCUCCCACCUCGACCUCUCCUUAAACUCCAUCAGCUCCAUCACAGACUCCAUGCUCUCUGGACCAGGUUACACUACCUUGGUUAGCCUGGACCUAAGCAACAAUCUCAUAAGUUACAUCAACCCCAAAGCGUUCCUUAAGCUUCGUUACUUGGAGAGUUUAGAUCUGAGCAAGAACGCUCUUGAGAGUCUCAGCGAUAGCUGCCUCGCUGGUCUGCCUCUGGUUGAGGUGGACCUGAGUGAAAACCGAUUCAAGGACUUCAACUUGGAUCUCUUCACCACCAGGAUACAGGACAUGCCAAUCAUGGUGGACCUAUCCAAAAACCUUCUCACCUCCAUAUCUAGGAAAACACCUAGCCAUCCACUGUACAUCAAGAGUCUGAUGCUCGCAGGAAACAGAUUGAGAACCGUACCAAUGCUGACCGGAGUUCCUCUCCAAUAUCUCAACCUGGAUGGCAAUCUCAUUUCUAGCAUUGACGCAGGAGCAUUCGAAUCACUGACAGAACUCAUUUACCUGUCGCUAAGCGGCUUGCCUGAACUCAAAGUGAUACAAGCAGGUGCUUUUAAGGGCCUGAAGAACCUACAGGUCUUAGAUCUUUCAAGCAACAGCCAACUCAAGUCAUUGGGGUCAGAUGUUUUCAGUGGCCUUGUUUCAUUGCAAGAGCUAAAUUUGUCCAAUACUGCUGUCACCCCUUUGUCCAGGACUGUCCUUACUCAAAUGCCAAGUAUAAAAAGUAUAACUUUAGGGCCAGAUGUGCACUGCUGGAUGACACACAAGCAAGGACAGUUUCAUAGACAGAUAGGACAGGGCAAACACAACGAUAUACUUACCUGUGAUUCUGCAGGUAUGAUCUUAUGAGCCAGAAAAGACAUAAAUGAACUAUUUUUACCUUUGUGCCUUAAUUGUACUAUGCAAGAUUUUAUUUUUUCUACAUUGCAUUGUUCUUGCACAUACUUUUACAUAAGGUCCAAUAUUUUACACGUGUGUUCGUUGCAUUCCAAAACACAAAGUAUAUUUUACAAACCCAUGCACUUUAGAUCCCAGUUCUCUUGUGCUUGUAUUAAUAAGUCACUUUUGAGAUAUUUACUGUGUUGUGAUGUCUUAUGUUCUCAUUUUGGAUUAAGUGGAUUGUAUGUUUGUACUUAAAGAUGUUGCAAACCAAAGUAGCAGUUUCAAAUGAAUGUAUACAUUCAUUUAGUGAUGUAGCACAACUGAUAAUGUGCUCUGUGCUAUGUUCUGGAACAGUACUUUUAAUGAGGUUAAUAUUUUAACAUCUAUCAGUCAAUAUCAAUGUGUGAUUACAAGGGUAUUAAGUUGCAGAAUGAUUUAUAGUGAGCCUUCAUGUCUGGUGAGUAUUUUGGUAUAAGUUUAACUUUAAUUGGCCAGUUUAACAUGCAAUACAUGAACAUUUAGUUUAGCCAUUUGAAUAAACUAAAACAAAACAUUUUGUACCCGAACUGUACUGUAUUUAGUUCACCAGAUACUAGUUUAUCCAUUUGAAUAAACUAAAACAAAACAUUUUGUACCCGAACUGUAUUUAGUUCACAAGAAAAAUUUAUUUUUAAUAUUGAACCAUAAAACGUGAUUUACUAAAUAUGCAACUGGGAAAUAUAAUUUUGUAUCACUUUAUUGUUUCAUCACAGAUGUUCAGAUGACGCUAAAAUUAUGCACUUUUAAUGUUCUUGUGAGGUGAUUUAAAAAGAAUUGAUGGUUGUUCAUGUUGGGAAUGUUUUAUAUUUGUACAAAGUUUUACUCUCUAAAUAAAUAAUUAACUUUA